CGGGCAGGGGGGCACCCUCCACCGCUGCCAGUCCUCAGUUACUUCCGGAAGUGAAGCUACAGCUUCACCUCUGCUUCCGCGGGGUCUGGACCGGGGCGCUGUCUGGGUUGGCCCCGGGAGGAGCGAAGUGAUGUAAUGAUGCAUUGCAGUAAUUUUCUACGUCUGAACUUCUCUAUGUCUGUGGAUCCCAGAACUGGCUAAAGAUGGAGGAGCCUCAGAAAAGUGAUCUGAACGUGACAAGCCUUGAGAAAGGUGACCCUCUCAAAAGCACCAGCCCUCAGAUUUCUGUCAGUGAAUUUUCUUGCCACUGCUGUUAUGACAUCCUGGUUAACCCUACCACCUUGAACUGUGGGCAUAGCUUCUGCCGGCACUGCCUAGCUCUAUGGUGGGCAUCUUCAAAGAAAACAGAGUGUCCGGAAUGCAGAGAAAAAUGGGAAGGCUUCCCCAAAGUCAAUAUUCUCCUCAGGGAUGCGAUUGAAAAGUUAUUUCCUGAUGCCAUUAGAAUGAGAUUUGAAGUCAUUCAACAGAAUAAUGACAUAGUCCAGAGUCUCGCGGCCUUUCAAAAGUAUGGGAAUGGUCAUAUUCCUGUAGCUCCCAACACAGGCCGAGCAAAUCAGCUGAGAGGAGGGGGAUUCUUUUCCGGAGUGCUCACAGCCUUAACUGCUGUGGCAGUGGUCCUGCUCGUGUAUCACUGGAGCAGCAGGGAGUCUGAGCACGACCUCCUGGUUCACAAGGCUGUGGCCAAGUGGACAGCAGAAGAAGUCGUCCUCUGGCUGGAGCAGCUGGGCCCAUGGGCCUCUCUCUACAGAGACAGGUUUUUAUCUGAGAGAGUAAAUGGAAGAUUGCUCUUAACUUUGACAGAGGAAGAAUUUUCAAGGGCACCAUAUACCAUAGAAAAUAGCAGCCACAGAAGAGUUAUCCUCAUGGAACUGGAACGCGUCAAAGCACUAGGCGUGAAGCCCCCCCAAAAUCUCUGGGAAUAUAAGGCCGUGAACCCAGGCCGGUCCCUGUUCCUGCUGUACGCCCUCAAGAGCUCGCCCAGACUCGGUCUGCUGUACCUGUACCUGUUUGACUACACAGACACCUUCCUACCCUUCAUCCAUACCAUCUGCCCUCUUCAAGAAGACGACUUCAGAGAGGACAUCAUCACCAAGCUUCUGGAUCUUAGAGAGCCCACCUGGAAGCAGUGGAGGGAAUUCCUGAUAAAAUACUCCUUCCUCCCAUACCAGCUGAUUGCUGAAUUUGCGUGGGACUGGCUGGAGGUUCAUUACUGGACAUCGCGGUUUCUCAUCGUCAAUGCCAUGCUACUCUCAGUUCUGGAAUUAUUCUCUGUGUGGAGAAUCUGGUCAAGAAGUGAACUGAAGACAGUGCCUCAGAGGAUGUGGAGCCAUUUUUGGAAAGUAUCAACACAGGGGCUUUUUGUGGCCAUGUUCUGGCCCCUCAUUCCUCAGUUUGUUUGCAACUGUUUAUUUUACUGGGCCCUGUACUUUAACCCAAUUAUUAACAUCGAUCUUGUGGUCAAAGAAGUCCGACGACUGGAAACUCAAGUGCUGUGACUGACAGUGCCCAGGCUCCACAGGAGUCUUGCAGCUUCCCUGAUGUCUGCGCUUUGAUGCUAACAAGGGGUGAGGGAGGAAGUGGAAUUCCUUCUUUCUACCCCUAGUAAAACAAGGUGCUGCUUUGUAUGUUAAAGGCUACAGCCAGGUCCUCUCCCUCUCUGCUUAUGGCCUGUGGCAGCAGGGACUGGCAUCCCAGAGUACGGUGGACUCUGUUUGCCCAAGGCAGCAGCAGCACCUCCCGCCCAGCCACCUCCCUCACAGGGACUUGUGAGGUUCAGGCCUUGACAGCUGGCAAGGGCUCUGGGCAUCCUCAGAGGACACCGUGUGGUUGGCAUCUGAAGGCCCGCGGCCCCCUUUACCCUAACUUCAGCACCUGACUGAGGCUCCAGGGUGAGCUGGAACCUGGAGACCGAAACUGAGACAAGGCUUGUCCUGCAAGUCAGAUUUAGGGAAACGGGAAAAAAAUAUUGUCAUAGACAUAGACAGUUGCACAUAAAAAAUAACCGAGGAAACACCACAGUUUGAUGGACGAUUCUGUUUUAGUGAAGACUUGCUAGAAGAUUUCAGCACGGAACCUCUGAAAGGAUCCAGUUUGAGACCAGAAUGAUGAUUACACUGGGAGUCACUGUCUACUUGUAAUCACUGAUGUUUGAUCCGUCUCUCUGAGAGGGGGCUGGGGGCUGGAGUGGGGUGCCGGCAAUUAAUGGAGGGUAACUCAUACCCGGCCCAGCUCAGCUGCCUCCCUGCUACCUUAAAAUUGUUUUUAAGAAUUUAAUCAGUAAAAUAAAUUCCAGGACAGUGCUUUUGUUCCAGGAAACAUUUUGUAAAUGGACCUCACACUGUCUCUCUUCAUUGUCCUGUUGUGAUGGGUAUUUGAUGGGUAUUUACCAGGUACUGUAAUUGUAAAGAAGGAGUGACAUGAACGCUGGCCUCUUAUUUCCUCAGUGUAAAGACGACAGACGUGAGGUGUGAUCUCCCUGAGGACUGGCCCUGCAGAGAUGAGCUUGCAGCCAAAGAGUUUUCAUGACUCUGAACCAUUCACUAAUCCUUUGUAUCUGAGUGAAGAUGUCGCUUACACUUUGCAUCUGAAAGCUUGACGAAAUUACUUGAGAUAAAAAUAAAGAUUUUUAUACAGAUAAGACCUCUAAUAUAGAGAAAGACUGAGUAGAAAACUCGAGAAGAAUCUGCCUUGAACAAUUGUAGUAGUCAGGCUCCUGUCUCCCAGCCUGACUUGACCGUUGAGCCAAGGAGCCACCUU